AGAAUAUCUUACGCCCCGCCCGCCUCCCCCACGAAACCCCGCGCGCUCUCUCUCUGUGCUUCGCGGCCUCGCGGCUCUGAAUUCAUGGCUUGUGCCACCCGCGGCCGCGUCUUCUUCUUGGCCGACUUGGUCUUCUGUUGCCUGACCGUGGCCUGUCUGUGCGUACGCAGCUGCGGCGGGGCCGGAACUUUCGGCUUCGACAUCCACCACCGGUCCUCCGAUCGGGUCAAGGCCAUGCUGGCCGUCGCCGGUGAGGACGAGCUGCCCGAGAGGGGGAGCCCGGAGUACUACGCCGCCAUGGCCCACCGCGACCGGCUAGUCCACGGCCGUCGCCUCGCUGCGGCGGGCGAUCGGGCGGCGAUCACUUUCGACGGCGGGAACGAGACGUACCGGCUCAAAUCGUUCGGCUAUUUGCACUACGCAAAUGUCUCUGUUGGGACCCCAAGUUUGUCAUUUUUGGUGGCACUCGACACUGGGAGUGAUCUGUUCUGGAUACCCUGUGAUUGUAUUAGCUGCGUGCGGGGAGUGAAGUUGCCGACUGGACAGGUGAUAUAUUUCAAUAUCUACAGCCCCAAUGCAUCAUCAUCAAGUACGAUAGUUCCCUGCAGUGGCGGGCUUUGCAGGCACCAAUUCAGAUGCUCUGCCACUCUCGACCGAUGUCCUUAUCAAGUUGUUUAUGUCUCUAAUGGUACUUCAUCUACGGGGUUUUUGGUUGAAGAUGUGUUGCAUAUGACCACAGACGACAAUCAAUCAAAAGUAGUUCCUGCUCAGAUAACGUUUGGAUGUGGUCAAAUUCAAACUGGUUCCUUUUUGGAAGGUGGUGCACCCAAUGGUCUAUUUGGUCUUGGCAUGAACAACAUAUCAGUUCCUAGCAUUUUAGCUAAAGAUGGGCUUGCAGCAAAUUCAUUUUCUAUGUGCUUUGGGCGUGACGGCUAUGGUAGAAUUAGUUUUGGAGACAAAGACAGCUCAAACCAAGGGGAAACACCAUUUAUUGUUAGUCAGUUACAUCCAGCUUACAAUAUUACUGUCACGCAAGUCAUCGUGGGAGACGAAAUUCAUGAUCUUGAAUUUAGUGCUAUUUUUGACUCCGGGACCUCAUUUACAUACUUGAAUGACCCAGCUUACACUCUCAUUUCCAAGACUUUUGACUCCAGUGUCCAAGAGAAAAGGCAUUCUUCAGAUCCCAAUAUUCCUUUUGAAUAUUGUUAUGACAUAAGCUCAAAUCGAAGCCUCUCUCAUAUUUCUGUGUUGAACCUGACCAUGAAAGGUGGAGAUAGCUUUGGUGUAAUUCAACCAGUAGAGUUGAUCCCUGUGCUGGGCGGAUUUGUCUAUUGCCUGGCUGUGGUGAAAAGCGGCAAUGUAAAUAUAAUUGGACAAAAUUUCAUGACUGGCUAUCGUGUAGUUUUUGAUCGCGAAAGGAUGGUACUUGGUUGGAAGCCCUCCAACUGCUACGAUGUGAACGGCACAUCCACGUUGCCUGUCAACCAGAAAAACACCAGUGCAAUUCCUCCUGUUGCCUUCAAUCCAGAAGCCACUUCAAGUAGCGGUGGCAACAACAAUCAUGAUUCAGCGGUGUCGCCGCCUCUGUCAAGUUACUCCUGGCGUUUGCAUCCUUUUACAUGUGUACUAAUGACUCUCGUAUAUCCAUUUUUGGCCAUUUUUUUUAUUCUUUUACAUUGUUGAGGCCUUACCCGAUAGCCGGACGAUACUUAUUAAGAGGCAUACAUCCUUAGGUAGAAACAGCAAAUCUGAGUAAACUAUAUCGACUUCCACUUCUAGGAUCCGAUAGCAGAGUUGUAGUUAUGAGCAAGAUGAGAUUGUCGCAGCGUCGUGAUUGAGAAUUGCUGUUGUUGAUUCA